UCUCUUUUAAUUAUAGUUUUCUUCCCUUUGCUCUCUCUGCAAAUUCCAAAUAACCAAAUUUUUCAACAACUGGGUUUCAUAUUUCCUUUCAAAUCUCUAUAAUCCCAGGUAAAAGAAAAACUCAAUUUUGGUUUGGGAUUGCAUGAAGAUAUAUACAAAAGAGUGAAUUGAAAUUUCGCCUGUCAAAAAAAAAAAUGUUGGGUCCUUUUCUUGAUUUUGCUCAAUUUACCCUUUUACCCUUUUCAAACACCAUGUCUCAUCGUGUUCUCAUCGGUGGUAAUCAUACCUCUGCUCGUUUUUGUUCCCGGUAAUAUAAUCCUUUCUUUUUUGUUUUCCAAUUUUAGCUUUCCCCUCAUUAAUUCUUUAUUUCUCAUUUUGGGUGCCUCCUUUUUCUUUAUCCCAACCAAAAUAAAAUAAAAUACAUUGUUGAUAUUGAUAGUUGAAAAAGUAAAAGGUGUGAUUUUAAUGGAUCAUAGUACGGGAAAACCGGGAUUUUUUAGAAAUGUUUUGGUACGUUUGUGCAUUUUUUGUGUUGUGAUUGUUUGUUGCCGGUUUGCUUAUGUUGUUACUCUCAAAGGUGAAACGUGUGACCUCGGCGAUUUUUGUUUCUUCGCUUUGCCGGAAAAUUUAGACGUUAUUUCCGGCGUCGGCCAGCUGGCUGAGUCUAUAUCAGCCAGCAUAACGGAGGAUGCCGGAAAUAACGCUCCGGCAAAGCCCAAAAAAAGUGGGCCCAUACCGGAAUUAUGGGCCCACGAAGAUUUCCAAAAAUUGGCCCAAUUUUAUUCAUCAGUGUUUCAAGAUCUUGUUUCUGAAGGUUUUUUAAACCCGAAUUCGAAGACCCUUUGUGUUGAAACUCCAAAUGGUGCUGAUGUUUUUGCUUUACGGGAAAUUGGGAUUGAAGAUUCUGUUGGGAUUUAUAAGAAAGGUUUAAAGCCUUUGGUUAUUACAAGUAAAGGUGGUAAAUAUCCGUUUGAUGAUGAGACUUUUGAUUUCGUGUUUUCGGGUAAUGGAAUGAUGGAUAAGUCAUUGAAACCGGGGGAUUUUGCUUCGGAGAUAUGUAGGACAUUGAAACCCGAAGGGUUUUUGGUGGUUCAUACAGGUUCUAAAGAUACGUAUAGUUUCAAUUCAUUCCUUCAUUUGUUUAAUUGUUGUACAUUGGUUAAGACUAGGAAUAUUGAUGAUCCAAGUAUGAGUGAUUCAAGUGUGAGUAGCAUACGUGAGAUUGUUAUGAAAAAGGUCGCUGGAGACGUAUAUAAUGUUGAUGAAGUGAGGGGUGAUUCGAAGAACAAAUGUAAUGUUCCGGAUUAUAAAAUGAAGCUGAUAAGAAAUGCUGAGCCUUUGAUUAAAGAGGAACCGAAAAAACCAUGGAUUACACUAAAGAAGAACGCACAGAGUAUAAAGUAUUUGCCAUCGAUGGCGGAUAUCAGUUUUAAGCAGAGGUAUGUGUAUGUUGAUGUUGGAUCGAGGAGUUAUGGUUCGAGCAUUGUGAGUUGGUUUAAGAAACAGUAUCCGAAGCAAAACAAGACGUUUGAGAUAUACGCGGUUGAGGCUGACAAGACGUUCCAAGGGCAGUAUAAGGAGAAGAAAGGGGUUACUUUGUUGCCGUAUGCAGCUUGGGUGAGGAACGAGACAUUGUCGUUUGAGAUUAAUCAAGAUCCUGGUCAUAAGGACGUUCCGAAAGGGCGAGGAAUGGGAAGAAUUCAACCUGUUGAAUCGUCUGGUGAGGCUGCGAGUGAGGUGGAUUUGAUACAAGGUUUUGACUUUGCAGAAUGGUUGAAAAGUGCGGUAUCGGAGAAGGAUUAUGUGGUAAUGAAGAUGGAUGUUGAAGGAACUGAAUUUGAGCUGAUUCCAAGAUUGAUUGAAACUGGGGCAAUUUGUUUGAUUGAUGAAGUGUUUCUUGAAUGCCAUUAUAAUAGGUGGCAGAAAUGUUGCCCUGGUGAGAGAUCAUCCAAGUAUCAGAAUACAUAUGGACAGUGUUUGGAUCUCUUUACUUCUCUAAGAGAAAGUGGAGUUCUUGUUCAUCAAUGGUGGUGAUGUGAUCAUCAAAUCAAUAAUCCAGUGUAGUUUUUUCACUAGCUUUAGUGUUUUACUUCAUUCUUCUCUUUGUAGUUCUCUCACUCAACAGGGGAAAAAUUCUCUCUUUUACUUCCAAUUUUUCAUCUGUAUUUACUGUUUGUCUCAUAUUAAAGACUCACGUUCAAUUUGGUUAA